CUUUAUCUGUGCCGCGGCGGCAGUUCGGUGUCCCUAAACCGCUGGGAUUUGCUGUAUUAGCCGUACACCGGUCCUCUGUCAUGUCGGGAGUGAGGGGCGCAAUGAGCACACACAACCGCCGGUGUCGAGCCCCUCCUUUCUCUGCGAGCUGGACGGACCGUUAUUCGGACUUACAUAUACUCAUUCAUAAUGUAACUGAAUAAUUUCGAAGCGGGAGCAGAAGGCUGCUGUUAUGAGUUUAAAGGAAAUGGCUGCGUUUGUCUCCGCCAUGUCGGAGAGCGUCUGCCGCGCCGAGCGAGCUAGCAGCGUUAGCAGGCGCCACCGCCGCCGCCGCACGAGUAAUGCCGCCGCACGUAAGCCACGGAGUCCGUGCCCUGUCGUCACUUUUCCCGCUCUUUAUUCGGCUUACACUCUGCGCUCAUGGAGGUUGGGAGUUUUAUAUUGGCGUGUUCCGUCUUCUAUCAGGGUCAACGGAACCCUUUCUGUGUGUUUUGUUGGAGUUUAGCGGUGCUGCGUGUGAAAGGCCUAGCCGCCGUUGGUUAGCUAACGUAAGCCAGUGUGUGCUGCCCGCUGUCGGAGGAGCAGGUGGGAGGGAACAGCUGCUGCUUUUAAAAAACGUGCUUCCGACCAGGAAAUUCUCUCCGCUGGGGUUUUAAACUGAGAAAUAUCACGUUAAAACUGCUGAUAUUUUUUAUUUUUUUACGAGGUGCUCGUGGAUUUAUAGUCGUUCAAAGUGCAAAUGAAUGUCUUUGGCAGGGUUUCCGAUGUUUGUGUUAUACCAGUGAAUACUCGUUACCAAGGCGACUGAAUGUGACGAACGCGCUACUAUUGAAACGUACAACUAGGAGUACAACUAACUUUGAUUUCCCUAACCGAUUAAUGUGCGUAUUAUUAUACAUUUUACUAGGGUAAAAAACACAUUGAGAUUAAAAUACGUUAUUUUUCAAGUGUGUCCUGGCCAGGACAGGCAGCAGUAACAAGCCAGACGUACUAUACAAAAAAUAAUCAAAUGUGCAAUUUUCCCAGUCCUAAUUGUAAAAUCCCACAGAAUCAUAUAAAAACCCGUAAGUCAGUAAGAAAAUAUGCAGUUAGACGUGUCUGACUCCAAGUCGUCCAGCAUUCUCCUAAAAACAUUAAACAUUAAAAUGUGGAAAGUAUUGAUUUGUCCCAGAUCUUUAAAUGGCCACCUUCGUUACUGUCGACCCAAAGCAAAGCAACCAGAAAUUAUUCACAUUUAAGAAUCUGAAUUACCUAUCUUAAGUUUUUUAUUUUUUAAAAACACCCAAAAGACAAAUUCAUGUUGAAGAAUGUUGUUAUAGUUAAUCAAUUCAUUUUUACAGCCCAACAACCUGAGUUUAGGUAUGUUGUUGGUGUGAAUGCUGAAUCAACAUCCACACUUUUUUUCAGUUCUAUAAUUUUCAAUUUUGUCCCUUCAAGUAUUGACAUUUUUCCUUUGUCUAGAAGCCGUUUGAAAAUUCUCAAAGUUCUUCUCUGGUGUUUUACGGCAGGCAGCAUUCAUAAUGUUUUUGUACUGCUUCCUCUGUCCUUUUCUUUUAUCAUAUUUUAUCCACACAGAAACAGCAUUUCGGGAGUCCUGAAACGGCAUUCACAAAUGUCAGUUGUGUUUGAAGAUUGUAUGGUCUUUUUCGCAAAAGCGUUUUGAGUUCUUUUUCAUAGCGAGAAACAUAUGGUUUAUGUUUUGUUCUGUUUCUGUUGGAUAGGGCCUAAAUCAUCAUUUUCUGAUAGUAAUUUCUGGCAGGCUGUACACCAAGAUGUGCAAUGGUGCCCUCUACACUUCAUAGUUCUUCAUCCCAGUUCAAAGUUCUUUAUCCUUCUUAAAUCUAUUCCUCUCAUCGUCAGCCUUUGAUCUGACAUGGUAGGGAAUUUUUAACUGCCUUUGAUUUGCGCAAGUGUUCAACAGACUGUUUCAACAUUCACACAAAGUAAUAGCGACUGAGUAGAUGCUAGAGGAUGGUAGAAAUGAAGAGAUGGAAUCCCGGAGGCAGAAAUGUAACUCUACGGAUUCUACCUGCCGUAAAACGCCACCACCAAGUGUCCAGCCAACAAAUGCUGCAUAAAUGUAGAGGUCCUUUGUUGCGCGCUGUAGGACAUCCCGUAAAACUGUGAGUUAACCCAGAAUUUUGCUGCGAAACUUGUCCCGCAGUUUUGAGAAAACCGCCCACACGUCAUGCAUCAUUAUGUGCAGGUUUGACUGGGAAUGGUGUGCUAUGGCUUUUCUAAGCAUUUUGCACAACCGUGGUGAAGAAAAUCCUGAAAACCUGCACAAAAAAAAUCCAAAACAAUGAAGGCAGAUGAAAUUCCAUUUCCCCGGUGACCCUCUUGCGCAGAUCAAAUGACGUGCACCAAAUCAGCAGCAAUGAACAAUGACCAUAGUUGACAGAGCUUCAGAGAAGUCUGACCACGAGUCAGUCGGGUGUAAGCGAACCCCGUUCAACAGUGGAGACGCAGGGAUGGACGGCAGCUGUUCCAGCAGCUGGGCAGUGGGCUCCACCAUGUCCACUGACUCUCAGAGGCUGAAAGCUCCAGCCGGUUGUCUGGGCCCGACGCCUGGAGCUGCUGUCUACAACAGUUCUCCCUCCUCUGUGGAGCGGCAAAAGGAGCAAAUGAUAAACAGUGGCGAUGGCAUUGAGUCACCCCAGAGGGUCCUGUUUCCCCUGGAGAAGCUCAACCUAAAAUGGACCCAGGUCCACCGCGCCGGUGCCGGCCUUCAGAAUAUGGGGAACACCUGCUUCCUCAACUCAGCCCUGCAGUGUCUCACCUACAUCCCACCGUUUACCAACUACAUGCUGACACGGGAGCAUUCAAAAACAUGUCGUGAGCCGGGUUUCUGUAUGAUGUGCACCAUGCAAAACCACAUCAUUCAGGUUUUCGCCAACUCUGGGAACGUCAUUAAGCCCAUCGGUGUGCUCAAUGAGCUCAAAAGAAUAGCAAAGCACUUCCGCUAUGGAAGCCAAGAGGAUGCCCACGAGUUCCUACGGUACACAGUGGAUGCUAUGCAAAAGUCCUGCUUGCCUGGACCUAAGUUGGACAGGCAAACACAGGCAACCACUUUCAUCCAUCAAGUGUUCGGCGGGUACCUGAGGUCCAGAGUUAAAUGUUUAAACUGCAAAGCAGUCUCGGACACAUUUGACCCUUUUCUGGACAUUGCUCUGGAAAUCAAGACGGUUCCGAGCGUCUCUAAGGCUCUAGAGCAGUUUGUUGAGCCAGAGCAGCUGGAUGGUGAAAAUGCCUACAAAUGCACCAAGUGCAAAAAAAUGGUCACGGCCUCAAAGAGAUUCACCAUCCACCGCAACCCUAACGUGCUCACCCUCUCACUCAAACGCUUCGCAAACUUCACCGGAGGCAAGAUUACAAAGGAUGUGAAAUAUGCAGAAUAUCUCGACCUGCGGCCGUUCAUGUCUCAGUCUCAAGGAGAGUCCCAGGUUUACGCGCUGUGUGCUGUGCUGGUCCACUCUGGAUUCAGCUGUCACGCUGGACACUACUUCUGCUAUAUUAAGGCGAGCAGUGGUCAGUGGUAUCAGAUGAACGACUCCUCCGUGUCUAUCAGCGACAUCAGGUCUGUUCUGAACUGUUCUGAGCAGGCCUACGUCCUUUUCUACGUCAGGUCCAGCGAUGUGAAAAAAACGGGGGACUACGGUCACGUGAACCAUAACCCUGGAGUUCCGGGUCACUCGUCUCCACGACCUGUGGUGACACCACGCAUCAACACCACAGUCCACCACAACAACAACAACAACACCGGCUUCAUAGGUCCACAGCUGCCCCCACACAUGACCAAGAGCGCUCUCCAUGUCAAUGGGAAUGGAUCUCUGAGGGACUAUCCUACAAGCUCCAAGCCCAGUACCAGCAGCAGUGUUGUGGGGAAAUCUAGCCAUGGCCUGGCCUCUUCCUCUUCCAUCUCCCACUCAAUGAGCCGGCCCACAGUGAUCCCCGACCAAGACAAACGCCAGAAGCUUUCAUUCUUUAUUGGACAGAACAAACAGAACCGCCCAUCAUCCUCUUCCUCUUCCUCCUCCUCUUCCUCUUCGUCCUCUUACAGCCAACCGUCCUCAGCCAGCAGCAGCAGCAGCUCCUCCUCCUCCAGCUCUUUAUCCUCCUCACAGUCUACCUCAGACGUCCGGUUUGUUCCUCGCCAGCUGAACCGCGUUAACGGCGUGUCUUGCAGUAACGGGGGCCACCACGCCGGCGGCAAUGGAGCAGCUUCGUUCCUGGUGCCGUACGGCCAAGAGUCUUCGGAGGAGUCGGAUCAGGAGAACAGCAGCGCCUUGGACAACGGAUGCUCGGCCAAGUCUCACCUCAAUGGAAACGACAGGACGACAGGAAUCUGUGAAAAGUCCUCGCAGGCCAUAAACAGAGAGUCAGGGGUGCAUCAUAAUGGAAACGGAAUGAACGGUUCAACCAAUGGCGUCUCCAAAGCAGGCCAAAAUGGGCACCAUUAUGGGCAACAAAAAGUCAACGGACACAGCAGAGAAGAAAAGAUCUCUGGCAGCAAUAAUGUAUGUUCAGCUUCAGCGGCUCCUGUCACUUCUAACGGACUAGACGGUGAUCACAUUCAACCAAGUAACGAGGCAAACAAUUCAGCUGUGUCUCAGAGCAGUUCCUCUCAGAACAGCCACCCCGCUGCAGAAGAAAGCCAGCAACCCUCCACUCUCAACACAAGGGCUAAAACCGUGUCUGAAUCGCUGUCUCAGCAUACAGCAUCCUCCGCUGCUAGCAUUCCACCUCCAGCUACUGCUGCAAACACCCAUCCUGUCCCGACUGCUUCCUCUUCAGCAGACAACGGCAACUCUGCGGCCUUAUCAACCCCCCCUGACUGCCGAGACUCCCACAGCAGAGGCGAGGCGUCUCCCACUGCUCCACAAAAGGUUGGCGUAUGUGGGGAUGAAGCCAAGGAUCUACCACAGAAGAAUGGACCAUCAGCGGGGUCUGAUGCACACACAGAUGCUAAGGAGCAGCACCAGUCCAAGCCCAGUUCUAGAGACAGCGAGAGACAAUAUUCCCGAGAGAGGGACAGAGAUGGGGACAGACUGCACUCUGACAGGAGCAGAGACAGAGACAGACACUACAGGGACAGGAGUUACGACAGAGAAAGUGACAGUGAUCGUCACCGGUACAGGCGGGACUCCCGGGAUCACCGCCACCACUAUCGCUCAUACAGGGAUCACGACAGGUACUACAGGGACUCGGAGCAUCGCUACGAGCGGACUCUCUACCACCCCAGGGAGCGUGAUCGUGACAGGUGUGCUCACCAUUACCACCACCAUCACCGGUCCAGAGACAACUGGGACAGUGAGCGAAAUGGACGUGGUUAUUCCUACCGCGAGGACUCUCGCAGUCGCUGGCGGUGGCAGCAGGACAGAAGAGAGUCCCGGGCGGCAAGGGACCGCAGCAACGGCAGGGAGAGGAACUAUUACCCUUCAAAAGAAGAGACUUCUUUUUCUGCCACGGCACCGGAAGGAUCCGCAAAGGCUUCUCCCUCCAGGUCAGCGCCAAACAUGGAGGAUGAGAAUCACAAGAGGACUCAUCUGAGCAAGGAGAGAGAAGACAGUUCAGAGACCCGUCACUCCAAAAAACACAAGAAGAGCAAGAAAAAGAAGUCAAAGGAUAAAGACAGACACCGUGACAGCGGAAGCUCUGACGUUGAUUCAGACAAAGCUACUGCGGUGAAAAAGAAGAAGAAAAGCAGCAGACAGCGAGACAGCGACAGUCCACAAGGUGAUCACAAGAACAGGAGCAGCGAGGAGAGGGAGGGUGGCAAGAGACGUUACCAUGAUAACAGUGACACUAAACACAACUAUGGUUUUUCACCGGCUAAACGGCGGCACACGGACUACACUAAUGACGGCGCUGACCAUCUACCCGCCUCCCAUCACACAUUAGUAACAAACAGUUCAAGUCACCGCCAUCUCAAUGGAUACACAGGAAACGGUUACAGUCGGACUAACGGUGACUCCCACGGAAUCUCCAGUGGACUGAAACACUGACUCUGAGUGGGCUUUUUCAAUACCAUUUUAACAGCAGCAGAGGAAUGAGAUCAACUUUUUUGACAUGGUGCUUCUCCAUUGGGAAUAUAUUGUGUUUUUAUCGCAAGUGAAGUGUUUUAAUAAUGUUUUCUUUUUUUUUUUUUUUUCCUUUUUAAAGGCGAUUUAUUUGCCCGUAACUCUCUUAACUAUGGUUAUACAAAAGAAACGGUCACCUUGUUGAACAUUUAUGGUAAAAAAAAGAAAAGAAAGAAUAAAAAUUAAUAUAUAUAUAUACUUGUAAUGAACACAGACAAAAAGCCUUGAGCUUAAAACAUCUCAGCUGCUGCUCAGUGGAACUCAGGACUCGAAGAACUUGUUAAAAACAAAACAGGUUCCCACCUGCUUUCAGACCAGAGAGAAAUCAAAGAAGGGAAACUGAAAGUUGAAGAGUUUUUACUCCCGUCUCACGGAGGAGGUGGAGGAGGAGGAGGAGGAGGAGGUGGAGGACAUUCAUGGAUGAGGCUUAGCUGACUGAUACCUCCACUUUAACCCUGGACAGACUUGAGGAAAUUUUUUCAACUUAUCUUCUUUUUACUCCGUUUGUUUCCGUUUUUGCUCCGAAGCCUAAGAUUCACACUCAGUCAUUUUCGCUCUCGUUCUCCUCACAACAUUCAUUUUUAUUUUAAAUGUUCAAAAAGGAAGAAAAAAAAAACAUCAAGCAUUUGUCAUAGCUGUGGACCAUUUGUGUUUUUGGUUUUUAAAGAGGAAGAAGAAAAAAAACAGUUUGUGUCUUCUAGCAUCAUAAAAAAAUACUGUGAAUUUAAUUUUUGAACUGUACUAUCAGUUAUUUUUUAUAUGUAAAACUCCUGUAUCAGGAUCAGCAGUAGGUGUUCUUUUUUUUCGUUUUUUCUUUUUUCUUUAAGGAAAACACUCGAUUCUGACAUACUCUCGGGGGGGGCGACGACGAGUACGGUUGUUUUUGUUGUUUUUGUUUUGUUUUUCAGCUUUAGACAGACGUUGGAAGACUGCUGUUCUACUUUUUAGUUUAGCAUGUGAGAAUUUAUACAUUGUAUAAGGUUUAAGAAAAACAAACAAAAAAAGCCUUAAAAUACAUUUGUUAACGUCG